GGGGGGGAGUGUUACCUUUGACACCGGUAGCAUAUUUUUACGAAACACCAUUGUAUUCUGGUAUUGCGUAAAAAUGUUAUCGUCUAACAAUUACACUAGUUAUGUUUUAUUCAUAACCGAAAAAUAUAUACCGUGGAUCUCGUUUUUAUUAAUUAUGACCUUUUUUUAUGAUCAAAGGGGCGUCAAAUAUUCAAAUUUAAAAGAAUUACUUGUAUAAUACAUAUUUUACGAUAUAUUUAACGUUUUGAGGAUGAAUUAGUUUACAUAUUUUUGCGUUUAUUGAAAAUCACUCUAUCGGUGCAGUUGAAAAAAAAUAUAUGCAAUAAAAGCUGGUUCGAAUAAAAUAAUUUAUUAUAUUAGCUUACAAUAUUUAAAAAAAAGGCAUCUAUUGAGUUAAACAAACUGAUGCAAAUCAAGACGAAAGUACGCCUGAUUGAAGCUGAUAUAUUUUUUCUCAAAAAAUGUAUUAAGUUCCAUAUGACUCCGAAGUUUGCCAGAUUACCAAGUAAGUCAAACAAUAAUAAUAUUAAUUUUUACAAGUCAAUAAAUUUUGCUCAGGAGAAAUUUCUUAAGUUAGAAAUAAUAAAUCAUUAUCGCAAUAGAAGUAGAUUAGAAAUGGGGGCUUAUCAAUUACAUUUAAAACUUUCUAAUUUUUUGAGUCAAUCACAGUGGGACAUCUUCGAGCUGAAGAUGUACCAAGUGGUUGAACAUAAAUUUAAAACAAAAAAAGAAAAGUUAAAUAAAAAAUUUCAAAAUUUACUUUCAGAAUACAAAAAUAAGGGUCAAAUAGAUAAUUUUAAUAAGAGUCCGGUAGUUUCAUUUUCUAAAAACUGGGGGGACGAUUUAGUUAAAAAUUACACAAACAUUGUUUUUUCCGUUGAAGAAACUGAUAUACUUAAGUUGGGUCUUAAAACAAGUUUUUUACCAAAAAAAUUUCCAAUGGAAGAUCUACUAGUAGGCAUUGAAAUGGGGGUUAAAAGUGUUGAUUUUAAUAAUCAAGACUUAGCAAGAAGGGAGUGUUUAAAUUUUCUACAAAAAAAUUCUGUUAUAAAUAAAGGGGGUUUAGGAAAAAAUGAAAAACAUUCACGACUCAUAAAAGACUUAAAAAAUAAAAACUGUUUUUAUUUAAAGGCAGAUAAGGGGAAUUCUGUUGUAAUACUAAAAAAAGAAGAUUAUUAUGAAAGAGUAUCAAGAAUGAUUCAAGAGGGUCCUUAUAAAGAAAUUAAAAAGAAUCCAUUAAGUAAAAUGAUAAGGGAGGCUACAAACGUCAUAAAUAGUUCAAAAUUAAUAAUCGAAGAAAAGUUCAGGUUUUUCAUUAAAAUUUCAAACCCUCAAAUACCUAAACUAUAUGCUUUGCCAAAAAUACAUAAGCCAGGAAGUACUAUGAGACCUAUUGUGUCGAAUAUUAAUGCUCCGACUUACAAUUUGGCUAAACACCUAGUAAGGGUAUUUUCAUCUUUCAAAAAAUUCGAUAGUUUUUCAGUUAAAAAUAAUAUUGAUUUAGUUAAACAAUUAUCUAGUUAUACCAUUCAAAAUAAUGACAGGUUAAUUUCUUUUGACGUAGUUGCCUUAUUUCCGAAUAUUCCAAUAAAUAUAACAAUUGAUUUUCUUAAAGACUGGCUAAAGGACCAAAACAUUGAACAGGAUAAAAUAAAUGAGCUUAUUAAUUUAACAAAGUUAUGUAUGAGUCAAAAUGUUUUUCAGUUUCAAAAUAAAUUUUAUGAGCAAACUGAGGGCACAGCAAUGGGAAAUCCGCUAUCACCAUUUUUAGCAGAACUUUUCAUGAGUAGGUUUGAAACAAAUUUAAAAUACACUUAUGGUGAUUUUCCAAAAAUUUGGGUUAGGUAUGUCGAUGAUAUUUUUGCAGUUAUAAAUAAAGAUUUUAAUAUGGGGGUUUUCAUACAACAUUUAAAUUCUUUUUACCCAUCGAUUAAAUUUACAUAUGAACAAGAAAUAGAGGGAAAAUUGCCUUUUUUGGAUUUAUUAGUUAAAAGAACAGAGGGGGAACUAAAUUUUGAAAUUUAUCGGAAAAACACACACACGUUCAGAUACAUUCCGAACACAUCGAACCACACCUGGCAACACAAAUUGUCAGCUUUUAAUAGUAUGGUUUACAGAUUAAUUAAUAUUCCGAUGAAUAAAAUAGAUUAUGAUAAAGAAUUGGUGGUUAUAAAAGAAAUAGCUAAAUUUAAUGGGUAUAACGAAAACAUAAUUUUGAAAUUAGUCCGAAAACAAAAGUGGAAAAAAGAAAGGANAUUAGUCCGAAAACAAAAGGGGAAAAAAGAAAGGAGGGCAGCUAGUAUACUCUCCAGCGAGGGGGAACAAAAAAUAAGAAUAUUGGAGUUAUUUUCGACAACUGAUAUAAUUUGUGUCAUAUAA